AAAUGAUUGGUGCCUUCUUCAGAGUGUCAAUCUAUAGGUCAGUAUUACUGAAGCGAGUUUGCAAGCCAGUUCUCUGUCCACUCGUACAAAUGAAACAGUUUGGCAUCAAUUAUCCUCAAGUAAAUAAAGAUGAAAACAUUGUUGAGGAACACUUCGGUGUACAGGUUCGUGACCCAUACAGAUGGUUGGAAGACCCUGACUCUUCACAGACCAAGGCUUUCGUUAAAGAUCAAAAUAUUAUAACAAAUAAGUUUCUUAGUUUAUGCCCGUACACUUCUAAAAUAAGAGACCGAUUAACGGCCAUCUGGGAUUAUGAAAAAUACUCUUGUCCAAUAAAAUAUGGCUCUUUUUACUACAUAUGGCAUAACAGUGGAUUACAGAAUCAAAGUGUUCUUUACCAAAUGACUUCACUAUCGGGACCCACGAAGAAGUUUCUAGAUCUCAACGAAGUUGACCCAGAAGGUCUUACAUCUCUAAGGAACUGCAGUUUUUCACCAGAAGGAACCUAUUUUUGUUAUGGUAUCAGUUUUGGGGGUUCCGACUGGUCUGAACUUAAGUUUAAAAACUGCGAGACAGGGGAAGACUUACCAGAUGUUUUGCGACAAGUAAAAUUCAGCUCCAUUUCAUGGACGAAGGAUGAAAAAGGUGUAUUUUACUGUAUGUAUCCUCAGCAUAGUGGCAAAGCUGAUGGAACUGAAACUACAGCGAAUACGGAUCAGAAACUCAUGUACCAUCGCUUGGGUACUCCACAAUCAACUGAUAUCUUGUGUUCUGAACGCCCAGAUCAACCUACUUGGUCUAUUCAAGGAGAGGUUUCUGAUUGUGGACGUUAUCUAAUGGUUACUUUGUAUGAUGGUUGCGAACCUAAUAACCAACUUUUCUAUUGCGAUCUUGAAAAUAUUGAUUGGAACACCACAGAAAAGCUUAACUUGAUUCCUGUUGUGGAUCACUUCGAAGCUGUUUACGAAUAUGUGACAAACGAAGGCGAUUCAUUCGUAUUCCGUACUAACUUAGACGCUCCAAUGUACAAAAUCAUCAGAAUCAAUUUCGCCAAUCUUGAUCGUAAAUAUUGGGAAGAUGUUAUACCUCACAAUUCAGGAUCACUACUGGAAAAUGCUGUGUGUGUAAACCAAGACAAGUUGAUAGUUUGCCACUUAAAAGAUGUAAAGAGCUGUUUGUCAGUACACAAACUUCUAUCAGGGGAGAAAAUGCUGGAUAUCGAUAUACCCGUUGGAUAUGUGGCUAAUGUUUCCGGAAGAAAACGUGAUAAUGAGGCUUUUAUUCACUUCACGUCUUUCCUCACACCUGGAAUAAUCUAUGCCUAUGAUUUUUUGCAGUCGCAUCCAAAGUUACAGGUUAUUCGUGAAUCAAAAGUUCGAGAUGUGAACUUAGAUCAGUUUGAAGUGAAACAAGUAUUUUACAAGAGUAAAGACAAUACAAAUAUUCCUAUGUUCCUUGUUUUACCUAAAAACUUUCAUCGAGAUGGGUCGGCACCAUGUCAGCUUUAUGCCUAUGGUGGAUUUAAUAUAUCUAUUACUCCGUCUUUCUCUGUAGCACGACUUCUGUUUUUGCUACACUUCGGUGGUAUUGUCGCUGUGGCCAAUAUACGCGGUGGAGGAGAGUAUGGUAAGCCUUGGCAUGAUGCUGGACGUCGACGAAAUAAGCAGAAUUCAUUUGAUGACUUCCAGUCAGCAGCUGAAUAUCUCAUUAGCGAGAAGUACACAAACAACCAAAAAUUAUAUAUUCAAGGUGGAAGUAAUGGAGGUCUCCUGGUGUGUGCUUGCUGCAAUCAAAGACCGGAUUUAUUCGGUGCUGCUAUUGCUCAAGUCCCUGUUUGCGAUUUGGUUAGAUUCCACAAAUUUACUAUUGGUCAUGCUUGGAUAAGUGAUUUUGGCGAUCCUGAAUGCGAAGAAGAUUUUCGUUACUUAAUAAAGUAAGUUGUGAUUUUAAAACAGCUUUUCUUCUUAGUUAUAAUCUCAGUUUUGUGAAGUUAGUAUUUUAUUAGUGCAAAUAACUGGUUAGCUUUUCGUAGGCAUUUCUGAACCACUUUUAGCCUUAAUUAAAAAUCAUGUAACUUUAGCAUUCUUUUUAUGAAAGAUAGAAGUGCUGGAAAAAGGAUCAAGUCUGAAAUGCAGAGGUUGAAUGUAAUAUAUAACCAGAAAUUCAUAUCCUGCAAAAAUGCUUCUAAUAUGUGGAAACUAUUUAAGGAAAUCAUUGAUGAUUAUCACCACUCCACAAUGUUAAAGUUCCAUCUGACCCAAAUGUACAGUAUCCAGCUUUAUUGGUUUUGACUGCAGAUCACGAUGAUCGUGUAGUCCCGUUACACUCAUUCAAAUUCAUUUCAACGCUACAAGAGAUACUGUGUCGGUGUGAAAACAGCCGACAGACAAACCCCAUUCUCGCUCGAAUAGAAUCGAAAGCUGGGCAUGGACAGGGGAAACCAACAUCAAAAUCAAUUGAUGAAGUGGUGGAUAUAUACGCGUUCCUACAGACAGCGAUCUCACUCACAUGGAAGGAUUGAAUUCCGUCCUUUAUUAUCUAACGAUUUACGUUGACGUUAUGGAUUGGACAAGUAGUCGUAUCACACUCACUAUAUUGACUAUAGCCUUAUCGACCGACACUUACUAGUCGAUUUUAUAUUUAUAUUCACUAAGUGAUUUAAUUAAAAAUGGACUUUUCUACGUGUCA